AUGGUCAGAGAUCAAAGGUUAUCUGUGGGCCUGAAAGGAGAUGAUGAGAUGAAUCCUCCAGAAGAGGAUCCACAAAUGCGUGCAUUUCACAAACGCGUGGCCUUCUUGGGCAAUUCUCGGGAGACGAUGCGCACGAAGGAUGCGAGUGAACAACUGGGAGAGGCUCCACAGACCUAUCUGUCAUGUCUUACAGGGCUAGGGCUCCACACGGUCGCACAGACCUAUCUGACACUGAACCAGAAAGAACAUGUGGCCAACUGGCACAAUGAAACUUGUGGUUGGUCAAGUCUAAGGGGCAGUGGUAUUACUAACUCUCCAAGGCAUUGA